CGAAGCUUCAUUGUGCUCGAUCACACAGGCCGCCAUGAAGGAAUACCAGCGAGAGUUUCUGCAGUUCGCAAUUGAAAACAAGGUGCUGACCUUUGGGAGCUUCAAGCUCAAAUCCGGUCGCAUCUCGCCUUACUUCUUCAAUGCCGGCCUCUUCAACACGGGCGAGGCGCUCGCUCGCCUGGGCAAAUACUAUGCCUCGGCCAUCGUGGACUCUGGUCUGCAGUACGACGUUCUCUUUGGUCCCGCAUACAAGGGCAUCCCGCUCGUCUCGGCCACAUCCGUUGCCCUCUACGAGCACCACAAGGCUUCGGUCCCGUACUCGUUCAACCGCAAGGAGGCCAAGGACCACGGCGAAGGCGGCAACAUUGUUGGCGCGGCGCUCAAGGGCAGAAUCGCCAUCAUCGACGACGUCAUCACCGCCGGCACCGCCAUCCGAGAGUCGGCUGCACUGAUCACGGCCAACAACGCCCAGGUUGCCGGGCUCAUCAUUGCCCUUGACCGCCAAGAACGGGUCACCGAGGACUCGCCCUACUCGGCCAUCCAGCAGGUCGAGAUGGAUCUCAAGGUUCCUGUCAUCUCGAUUGUCAAGAUGGAGCAUCUGAUCGAGUAUCUCGCGGGUCUGUCUGGCUUUGAGAAGGAGGUCGAGGACAUCAAGCAGUACAGGGCCAAGUACGGUAUUGCCUAGGCAAGCCGGCCCCGCUGCCAAUGCGUCGGAGCCCCCUCCCGCCUGAAAUAAACACCACUUUCGUUUACAAUG